AUGGCUAAUUUUUUACCCCAAGGGACACUUAUGGCAAAUAUAUUCAACCAACUAACCGUCCAAAAUAAUGAUUACACUAGUCACUCACAACUAAAUAACCUAAAUGACUCAGCUAGACAGGACACAUCUGGUCAUAAUGAAUCAAAACCAGGCGCAAUCGUAGGCACAUGUUUUGAGAUGAUUAGACCCUAUUUCAGAAUAUCACAAAUUGAUGUACUGCUCAACAUUAAGGAUAUCUUUCUUCCAAUUAAACCACGCACGCGUUUACUAGAUCUUUACCUACCCUCUGUUUCCAUAUCAACAUUUAUCUUAUUAUCUACCAUUAAUAGAAUAUUAUCUGACAAUUCAUCUACCACAAAUCCCGCCGAGAUCCUGGCUAGAGUAGCGUCUUGGAUCAUUUCCUCAAUCAUAUUAGAGGCGUCAUUGCUUAAAUUCUUCUUCUUCAUCCUCAAAGUACAAACCAAUACCAUGAUUAUUCCGCAUGAUGUUAAGGGUCAAAUGUUGGACAAUGGACAAGACCUAGACCCAUACAGACAACAGCAAAAUAACCUAGAUUUUAAUUCGAGUAGAUGCAAUUACGUACACGAUCCCGCAAUAUUGCAAUCAGAUGGAGUACCUGUGUUAGCAAUCCUUUCCGUUUCUGGUUAUAAAUUCACACCUUUAUCUUUCAUUCUCUCAAUAUCGCUAUUAUACUCUGGAAACCCAUCCUUUUGGAUCAAUUCAUUCAAAUUUUACUCUUAUAUAGCAGCAUCUAUUAACGCCUUUAGGUGCUUUGAGGGAUUGCAUUUAACUACUUUUAACAACUAUCCUGCUUUGGAGAUGAGACAACCAAAUUUAUCGCACAUAUAUUUACUUAUUUACAUUGCUUCGGCCAUGCAAUUUAUCAUAUCUUGGGGUUUGAUGCCCAAACAAUCAACAUAA